AUGCUUAAACAAAGUUUAUUUAUUUUAUUUUUUAAUUUUUGUUGGGCGAUUGAUGUGAAAUUAAAAAUUGGAGAAAAUUACCUUGAAAGUCGACAAUUUGAUUAUCUAAAAAACUUCCAACAACGAAUUAAAUGUUUUUUGUGGUAUAGAAUUGGGGAUAAUGAGGAUAUAAUUAGUGGAGAAUUUGAUAAAAAUAUUUAUUUAUUUAAAGACGUUCCGAAACAAAUUUAUGAAAAAGAAGAUACUGAAGAAAAGGAAAAAUUGAAGGAUGCUGAAUUUCGUUGUGAAUAUGAAAAACAUUCAAUUUUAUCAGAAAUAAUUCCGUGGAAAAAACAUGGGGCUAGAAAGGCUGAAUUAAUGGAGAAAAUGCCGGAAGAUUAUUUUGAUAGAAAACAAAGUCUAUUGGCAGAAAUUAAGAAGGAGUAUACUAAAAUAAUUCAAACAGGUUAUAUUUUGUUGUAA